AUGCUACCGCCCGUAACUUACCCAUUAUGGCGCCAAAAUGUGCAAGACGUUACGAAAACAAAGAAACGCUUGGAUGAAAAGGAAGCCGAGUUAGCAUGCGCACGACAGGCGCAGGCAGAAGUGCGGAUGCGUAUGGAGGAGUUGGAGCGACGCCUCAUAGUUGGUGGACAGAACCUCCUUGAAAAGGAGGAGACUCAAGCGCGGUUACUUGAACUCUCAGCGGAGGAGUUGCGAGCUCAGGAGGAGAGAACCCAGAACUUACGAAGGCUGCUGAAAGAGAAGAAGGAGGAGCGGUUCAAUAUUGAAGAGAAAUACAACUCCCUACAAGAGGAGGCUGCUGGGAAAUACAGAAAGCUUCAAAAACUUACAACCCUUUACGUUCAAGCCAAGACCGAGUUGGAGGACCUGCGAUCUGCAAAUGCACGCGAGAUGGAUGAUAUGUUGGAAGACAUUCGUCAACUUAAUCAAGAAUUGCAGCUGCAAAAUCUCAUAAUUAAUCACUUCAUCCCAAAGAAUUUUCAGAGCAUCAUUGAACGAAAUGUCCAUUGGAAUGAUGAAAUUGGUGAAUGGCAACUGCGCUGCAUCGCUUAUGCAGGAAACAAUAUGACUAGGCCAAAAGAAAAGGCCAAUUUGGCAGGCGAUGACAACUUCCUGAACGUUUAUCUCAGAUACAGUGAUAUUGAUGGGGGAAAAAAAACUUCGUAUAAAAAGAAAAAGAAGCGGGGUACUACCAAUCGUGUCUUGCAGAGCUCUUCCUCACAAACACAUGUGUGA